CAAGACUGUCAGGUAGGAGACUGGAGUGCAUGGGCAGCGAGCAAAGAUUCCCAAGGAGUUUGCAGACAAAGCAGAGAAAGAAAAGUAACCAGUUUUUCCAGAAAUGGAGGAAGUCCGUGCCCUAGUCUAGAGGAAACCAAAAUCGUACAAUGUCCUACAGUUAGUAAUGCUGGAAAAGCAAAACAAUUGCUAGACGUUUGAAGUCGGGUUUGGGAGGAUUUGGAUCAUUCAGUCCUGGUUUAUCUCCAGGUAUUAGCAUCGACAAAAACGGUGUCUCAUCAAGAAACGACACGCCAGCCAUAUUACCCGAUCUAGAAAACAGACAAAAGAGUUUCCAUGAGAUCCAGAGACGUGCCGGCGAUCUAAGCUGUCCAGGUGAUCGUGACAUUAUAAUAAUUGUUGACUCAUCCGGUAGUGUGGACAACUCAGAGUUCACUUCUGCUCUUAAUGAUUUGAGUGAGCUCGUUCCUCUGCUCUGUGGAUAUCAACCUGGUCUAAUAGAAGAGUGCCAAGCCUACAGACUGGCCAUGAUAACCUAUGGAAGCUUGCCGACACUCACAUUUGAUUUGGAUGACAAUCUGAACAGGCACACAAAUCAAGCAAACGUUAAGAAUGACAUCAAAACAAAACCAUAUUACACAGGAGGAGCGACAGCUACAGGUGAUGCUCUCAAAUUUGCACGGGAUCGAGUUCUACAGGAAUCUCAUGGAAUGAGACCAAACAGCAAGAAAACCAUUCUUCUGUUGACUGAUGGUCACUACAACCAUGGAAUUCACAAUCCAAUCAAUGUGGCAGAAGACUUGUUCCAAGCUUUCAAUGACCAGUUGUCAAUAGUGGCUUUGGGAAUAGGAAAUAAUAUUGACUACCAAGAGCUGAUAGAUAUCACCAAACAUUACAAUCCUGCAAAUCCUUUGGUCUUCUUUACAGAAACCUUUUACAGUUUUCAUGACAUUGUUGUGGAGAUCAAGAGUCUUCUGACCGACGAGCAAGCAAUAUGCUCUGCAGAUGUUCUUGUCAAGAAACGCUAGUUCAGACUCUAGGCAAGCAACAGUGUCUGCAUGCUGCUUGUAUGUUUCAAAAUCAAAAAAUAAAUUUGAGAUUUGAUCACAGUAGCAAGAAUGUGUGUUUCUAGUUUUCGUUACAAAAACAACAGUAAAGUGACAAAACAUUCUGACAAUUAAGUUCUCUGUUCUGCAAGCAAUGUGAUACAUCUAUAAUUAUUAUUAUGAUCUGAUCAUCACACGUACUCACUAGACUAGAGAAUACAAUUUGAUAGACAAAACUGUGACUAGAGUGCUUGUAUCUAGAUAUGCGUUUACCAAAAAGGUGCAGAUAUUGAACCGUGGUGACGUCGAAAGCAAAAAUCGGCGGCUGAUGGGCGUGUCCGAUGUAGGGAAAAGCAGCGGAAGUUCUAGUUUGUCACCGUAAACAGCAAUACGCCAAGUGAUACGUCGUGUUACCCUGUGACUACUCUCUACAUUCAUGUCAUGUCUGGUCUCCGUACGCCAGUCCGAUAUUGGAGAGCGUCCGUUAGUUGAUGUAAGAGUCUACCUAAAAUAUACAGUCUACUCCUACUCCAAUUUGCUUUUCUUGUUGCUCCUUCGUAUGUCAGCCCAGAGUCCAUGAACGAGUCCCUUCACUCCUGCCAGCUAGUAAAUGGUCGCAGCUGGUCGAUAGUGCACAAAAAACCAAGACAAAGCGGAGAGGUACUGCAAGAGUCUUUCCUGACGGCUGUCAACAACAGGAUGCAAC